GUUGCACACGGCGUGAACGAUGGACGACUGUUUUUCUCAGAAUCCAUGGCAGAUGCAGAUGCAGCAGGCGCCGUUGAAGAUCGAAGGCGUGCUGCCCAAGAAACGCAAGCAGUCUGGAGAUGACCUCCAGCCGCCAGCACCCGGCCCAUCACACGACGACCAAAGCCACCAGCACAGGCCAAGCGGUCAUGAGGAUGCUCCUGUUGCCGCCUCUCGUCCAUCCGCCGACCAGGCGUCAGUGCAGAAGGGCGGUGCUGCGUGUGCUGUGGGAGGUGUUGUGGUCAAGCAAGAGCCGGGAGUGGGCGGCUCUCCGGCGGCGUCAACAGCGGACGACCACAAGGGGAAGAUGGUGGCAGCUUGCAAGACUCCUCCGAGGACACCAGGUGUGUGACGCAGAGAGCCCUGACUGGCCGCAUGGCUGGAUGGAUGGCCGGUCCGCGCAUCGCAUCAUGCAAUGCACAUGCAGGUCAGGAGAUCACGGCCACAGAUGCGGUGAGUGUGAGUGUGAGUGUGCGAUAACUAACGGGCUGCCCAUGCACACCUGCAUACUCUGGGUGUUCGAGCUGUGCAGGAGUUGGCUCGUUUCGGUGUGGUCGAGUCGGAGGGCUUCCUGCCUAACGAAUUAGUGGUGGUCCCAAGAAGCGGCAACCGCCUGUGCUACGCAAGGUUCAUCGAUGCAGAGUGAGUGAGCAAAACCAUUUGCAGAGGCUUUCAUUCAUUCAGCUAUCCACUGACUACUGUGUCCUGUGUGCCAUCAGCAAGGACCUGGGGAUGGUCAAGGUGUAUCUGUGCCCUCCCAACGACGGAGCGCAGCAGCAGAAAGAGCUGCCAGGUGACCAAACGCGUCCGCACCCACACACACAUGGAUGGUUCGAUGGAGUCGACGCAUUGCUCCCUGGACGGACGGAUGUGGUGUGUGCAGGCGUGUUAGUUGGGAAGCUGCCCCCUCUGGUAAUCAUGGCGGACAGGAAGGAACCAGAAGGCGGCUACGCUGACUGUGUCCGCUCUUGUGUGGUGGCUGCAGAGGCAGUGCAAAGGCGAGAGCGUCCACACAAAGGUAACCGAGACCGCAGCAGACACACACACACGUCCCUGCAAAGCCCCUCCUACCCUGCUGUUCGUGUCAGGCGGAUCGUGCCAGGGACACCAUCAGUUCGCUUCAUUCGUUUCUGAAGCAGCACCUGCCUUCUCCGGAGGUCAUGACGGCCGCGGCAAAGGCCAUCGGGAAGCAGACCAGCACCACCAACAAGGAGGGGGCAGCGCCUGCAGUAACUAAACCACAGAUUCUCUCACGUCACAUGUGCUAUCUAUAACUCCAGUGACUGACGCCUGUGUAUGUGUGUGCCUUGCCUUGUCAGUUGAGCUCAAGUGUCCUCGAGCACUCACUGUCGCUGCUCGUCCACCAGGUAGGCGCUGUGUGCUGUCUGUCUCCUCCUCUGCUGUGUACCCACCAUGUCUGUCUGCCCGUGUGUCUGUGUGUCUGUGCGUCCAGGCGUCCCUACUGCACUCUUAUGCAUCCGCCGCAUCCAGUGCCACUAUGCCGGCAGAGCUGCCGCCGCCACCGACUGGCGAUAUCAAGGCAGAGGCAGCAACAGCAACAGGCACGAGCCAAGACGAGGUAGCGCAACACACGCCAAUAGCUCCAGAGAGGACAACAGGGAAGCCGCCUGCCCAUUUGCUUUGAUUUGCUUGCAGGAUGUGGCCGCGUUGAGGAAGGCGUUGCGCGACGAGAGGGCUGCCCACGUCAAGUCUGCGAGAGCCGCACUCAGCACUGCAGCUGUUUGAAAGAAUGUUGCGCAUUUGUGCGUCAGGGAGCUGCAACUACUGCGAGAGGGGAUCAACCUGCAAAUCGACCAGGCCAUCAGGUCUGUCUGUGGUGGGAAUGGUCCACGUGUCUGUCUGCUGUGCUGCCCUGCCCGUUGCGCUGCAUCCUGUAUGUGUGUGGAUGUAAGUAAUGCAUGCAGGUGGCACUCACUGUCGCCCCGGUCUGAGAGGCCCUCAUGAUGGAUGCAGCGAGCGACGGACGGGUGCAGCCGUAGGUAGGAUGUGUGUAGAGAGAGGUACAUGGCGCACCAUCCACUCAUUAAUGCAUUGCGAGAGAGCUAGACCAACUCAGACGUUCGUGUCGUAUGAACAUGUAUCUGUUAUCGAAGCUGUCAC